AUGCGAGAACGUCUCAGCCAGCGUCUGCAAUUCAAGAACACUUUUUCAGUCUUCGGCAUCUUCAUCCGGAAACUGUUCGCCGGAGCCUUCUUUUACCUGCCGGUCUCUCCAAUCUUCUCUAUCUCGACAUCGCUCUGGCCCGCGGACUCAUCAACCAGCCAUUAUUUCGGCAAAACCUAUGACCUGAAUGAGAACUUUGGGGCGGGCGACAUAAAUAUGCAGGAUGCUGUUCCAUCACCGACAACACUGAACGAAGAGGCGUCCACGGACGUGGACAUUGGCCUCGUCAGUAGCCUUGACAGUGAUGCCGACCUCCCCAUGAACUCUAUAGAUGCGUCUGCACAGGUCACUGCCGGUGAGGAACUUGAACGAACUAACGGCACCGAUGUUAUUUCCAUUGGCUUAUCUGAUCUAAUGUGCAUUGCAAAUUCUUCCAUGGUUGCCAGGCGAAAGUUCGAGGUGGAGGGAUCUUGCAGGAAGUCGUAA